GGACUGCAAAUGGCUAUGCGAAGUCCUCCGUGGACGGGAGCGCCUGGCGCGCCUCUUCGCCCGCUCCUCCUCCGGGUAAGAGGCGACGGCGAGUGGGCGCCCGAGGCGAGAGGCAAGAGGAAGAGCAGGGGCCCCGGCACCCACCCGCUCCCCAUCCGCGUCCCGGCCACUCCCAGCGGCUUCCCCGUGUUGCUCCGGAUCGUGGCCCCGAGACCCGUGAGCAUGAAGCGGACCCACCCGGAUUACAGCUCGUCCGACAGCGAGGAGCUCGACGAGCCCAUCGAGGUGGAGAAGGAGAGCGCCGACGAGAAUGGGAACUUAAGCUCAGCUCCCGGCUCGAUGUCUCCGACCACCACUUCUCAGAUCCUGGCUAGGAAAAGGCGCCGAGGAAUUAUUGAGAAGCGGCGCAGGGAUCGAAUAAACAACAGCUUGUCUGAGCUGAGGAGGCUAGUGCCGAGUGCAUUUGAAAAGCAGGGGUCAGCUAAACUGGAGAAGGCUGAAAUCUUGCAGAUGACUGUGGAUCAUCUAAAAAUGUUACACACAGCAGGAGGGAAAGGCUAUUUUGAUGCUCAUGCUCUUGCUAUGGACUACCGGAGUCUAGGUUUUCGAGAGUGCUUGGCUGAAGUAGCCCGCUAUCUGAGCAUAAUUGAGGGCCUGGACACUGCUGAUCCUCUCCGCGUCCGCCUUGUGUCUCACUUGAAUAAUUAUGCCUCCCAGCGGGAAGCAGCAAGCAACACACACCCAGCGCUUGGACAGAUCCCAUGGGGCAGUGCCUUUGGACAUCACCCCCACAUCUCCCACUCGUUGCUCCUGCCUCAGAACGGGCAUACGGCCACAAAUGGAUCUGCCUCUUCUCCAGAAGGCCACCACCCCACCAGAAGCUCUGCUCCACAUGCUGAGUCACCUUCGCUGAGAGCGCCCCCUAAUGGCAGCAUUGGGCCGGUGCUUCCCAUGGUCACUUCUGCUACCAAACUCUCUCCUCCUUUGCUAUCUUCCAUGGCUUCUUUGUCUGCAUUUCCUUUUUCUUUCAGUUCCUUCCAUCUCCUGUCUCCUAAUGCUCUCAGUCCAUCGACGUCAGUGCAGCCAGCCAGCCUUGGCAAACCCUACAGACCUUGGGGGACUGAGAUUGGUGCCUUCUAGCAGGGUGGAGUGGGUGUGCAUUCAUGUAAAUAUCCAGCUGAGCUGGAGGGUUUCCAACUUCAGUUUUGAACUCUCUUAACCCUUUGAUGUAAAAGGUACCAAUCUUUCACUUUUAACAGAGUUUGUACAGAAAACGAGACAGAGCGAAAGUGCAUUUUCACUGUUUGUUUUAGCAUAUUUUAAAAACAAAUUCCAGAGGUUUAUUGAGAUCUUUACAUCACAAUAGACAAUUACUUUUUUUUCAAAUAGAGUUGUGGUGACUGUUUUGUUAUGUUAGUGGUAUUUUUCUCGAGUGAUCCUAUUUAUCGGGAAUCCUGGCUUUUACAAACAUAAUAAUAGUAGACUCUUUUUUAAAAAAGGAAAAGAGCAAUGGAGCCUUAACCAUUUUUUUCUGUUUUUGUCUUCUUGUGAUUCCGAGUUGUUUUUCAAGGAGGAAAACCUUUUUUUAAAUGUUUUUUUAGUUUUGUGUUUUAGAGCAAAAGCGUUGACAAAUCAGCUGGACCUGCUUUAUACAAGAAGAGGAAAUCUAGAUCCUUUCUGUGACCAGUGCAGUGGUUACUCUUGGCUUUGCUUCCUUCUCUCUUCUGUAAUGGGGACAGAUCUGUUUCCUGUGCCAAAUUGAUGUUCUCUGCCACGGGGAGGGAUACUUCUGCAAUGGUCACAGAAAGGUGACAAUUAAUGUCCUAAUUCUGGGACUGUGUCCACUCCAGAUUUUGACAUAUUGGGCUGCAUGCAAGCUUAGCAAUACAGUUCUAUGUCUACUCUGAAUUAAGUCCUGUUGUGUUCAGUUGACGUAUAUCUAAGGCCCCUUCCACACAACUGUAUAAAAUCCACAUUGAACUGGAUUAUAUGGCAGUGUGGACUCAGAUAACUCAAUUCAAAGCAGAUAUUGUGGAUUAUCUGCCUUGAUAUUCUGGCUUAUAUGGCUGUGUGGAAGGGCCCUAGGUAAUUGUGUAAAGGACUAUAACAUAAAUUAACAUAACCCCCAUAUAUGUAUCAAUGGGAGUUGAUCUUCAGUAACUUCCAUAUUGGUUUCAAUAGAAACUAUAUUAAACUUAAUUUUGUUUCAA